AUGGGUCGACCAGAUCUACCCGUCGGUUACGGUGGCUGGCAAGCUUUAGAUGCAACUCCCCAGGAAGCUAGUGAUGGCGUCUAUUGUUGCGGUCCUUCCCCAGUCAUUGCUAUUAGGAACGGUGAAGUUAAUCAGUGUUACGAUACGCGCUUCAUGUUUGCCGAAUUGAACGCCGAUCGAGUCUAUUGGCUCACACAAAUCCAAUGCAACACAUUUUUCUUGCUUUUUUCCUUUCCGCUUUCUUUUGUCUACGUUUUAUAUUACCUUUCUUUAUCAUAUCCUUUCUUCAGUUUUUCAUCGUCUCUUUCUUUCUUUCUUGCUUCAUUCCAACUCAUAUUUUUCUUUCUUUCUUUUUCAUUUUUAGCUCUUUAUUUAUUUUACUUCUUUUUUCUUCAUCCAUCUCUCUUUUUCUUUCUUUCUUUCUUUAUUUCUUUCUUUUUUCUUUCUUUCUUUCUUUCUUUCUUUCUUUCUUUCUUUCUACUGUUUCAUUCUUCCUUCAGUUGUUAUUGCUUCAUCCCAACCCAUAUUUUUCUUUCUUUCUUUUUCGUUUUUAGCUCUUUAUUUUACCUCUUUUUUGUUUAUUCAUAUCUCGUUUUCUUUCUUUCUUUAUUUCGUUCUUUCUUUCUUUCUUUCUUUCUUUCUUUCUUUCUUUUUUUUCUUUUUUUCAUUUUUAACUCUUUUUUUUCAUUCAUUGAUCUCUUUUCUUUUUUCUUUCUUUUCAAUCUUUCUUUUUCUUUCUUUCUUUCUACUAUUUCAUUUUCCUUCUUUCUUUCUUUCUUCAGUUUUUAUUGCCAUUUCAUACCCAUAUUUUUUCUUUUAAUAAAUUCUUUUUUUAGGAUUUUUAACUCUUUUUUUUCUUCAUUCAUCUCUCUUUUGAGACACCGGAGGUUCUUUUUUUUCUUUCUUUUUUUUUUAAACUAUAAUUUCAUAAAAAUUUCAGUUUUUUUUUACUUCAUUCCUAACCCCCUUUUUUUUUUCUUUUUCGUUUUAGCUCUUUUAAAUUUUUUAAUUUUUUUUUUUCAUUCGUCUUUUCUUUCUUUUCUUUCUUUCUUUCUUUCUUUCUUUUUUCAUUUUUUUUUUUUUUUUUUUUUCUUUUCACUCGGUCAGUAUAUAUGCACCAAGGACCCAGACUGCAAUGCCGGUACAAACGGGAAAAACACACGCAUGGACAUCACCAGUGAUUACAAAUUGCAAUGCGGUGCCGAAUAUGAGAGAAUCAAUUCCAUCAGUACCAGUCGCAGGAACUUGAGAAUGCUUCGACGCAACAAUGCUAACAGACAGUACGAAGAUAUGGAAUUUCACAUGGAAGCCCGCGAAAAUGCAAUGGUCGGUCAAAAAUUCAACGUGACUCUUCUGGCCCGGAACUUAGGACUCGAACAUCGUUCCGUUAAGACGUCUUUCUAUUGUAAAGUUGUUAAUCACUACGGAGAUACAGUGGGCAUGUGUCGCGAACUACACAUUGGUACCGAAUACAAAGCCAAAGAAGGCAAACCAAUCACAAUGCAGAUUAUGCCAGAAGAUUAUAUGAAUUUCCUUGACCGGGUCGAAUCUCACUUGGCAAUGAAGAUUUCUGUAUACACCCGUGUUUUGCAAACUGACCAGGUCUUCAUGUAUACAGAAAGCUUCCAAUUGGACUGGCCAACUCUAAAUAUUGAUGUAAGUCUAUCGCUCUCUUUUUUUUUAAAUAUUUAUAUUCUUGAAUUAAUGACAAAGAGUGAUUAUACUCUGUUGUGA